CUUACGCAGCUUUCUCCUCUUGUUUCUCAGCAGCAGCAGCAGCAGGACAAAGCUGCCUUAAUUAGCGAAACCAGACGGCGCUUUGAGACGGAAUAUCUGCCAGAUAAAUCAGAUAAAUAUGAUUCCAGAGAUGUGGAAAGAUUAAAACAAGAUGAUAAUUGGGUUGAAAAUUAUUUACUUUGGCGUCAUGAUGUUGUGGAUGAUACAUUGAAGAUGAUUGAUGAAAGCUUUCAGUGGAGAAAAGAAUACACGGUCAAUGACUUGUCUGAAUCCGUCCUUCCAAAAUGGUUAUUUGAAAAUGGUGCUCUUUACCUACAUGGUUAUGAUAAAGAGGGCUACAAGUUAUUCUGGUUCAGAGUGAAGUUUCAUACGAAAGAUCCUAAAGUGCAAUUUGAAAAAAAGAAGUUUGUAGCCUUUUGGUUAGAACAUUAUGCCAGAAGAGAGCACGGAAAGCCUUUAACAGUGGUGUUCGACAUGGCUGAAACUGGAGUCAGUCACAUAGACUUGGACUUCAUUCGGUUCAUCGUCCACUGUUUUAAAGUUUAUUAUCCAAAUUAUCUCUCAAAGAUAGUAAUCUUCGAAAUGCCAUGGAUAAUGAAUGCUGCUUUUAAAAUUGUGAAGGGUUGGCUUGGUCCAGAUGCAAUAAGCAUGUUGAAGUUCACAAACAAGAAUGAAAUACAGGAAUACAUCAGUGCAGAAUAUCUGCCUGGCUACAUGGGUGGAAUUGAUACUUUCAAGUACAGUUACCCUCCAUUGGUUGAUGAUGAUUUUCAAACUCCAUUGUGUGAAAAUGGACCUAUUGCUAGUGAAGAUGAAAUUGAAAGUAAAGAGGAGAUAGAAGCAGACAGCAAGGAGGCUAGAGAAUGCAGUGAAGAGCAAGUUCUCAAUUCAAAAAAGGUAUGUUCUGUAGAACAGAUUUCCAAACCAGAAGAGAAUGACAAAACAGAUUCCAAAACAAAAAAUUCAAAGAAAGCAUUAACCGUCUUUAAAGGACUGUUAUUACAUAUAAGUCCAUCAGAAGAACUGUUUUUUGGAUCCAAGGAAACUGGAGAAAAAAAAUGUUUGAUAGUUCUGACAAAUGUGACUAAAAAUGUAGUGGCCUUUAAGGUGAGAACCACUGCUCCAGACAAGUAUAGAGUUAAACCAAGUAAUAGUAGCUGUGAACCUGGUACAUCAAUAGACAUAGUAGUAUCCCUCCAUGGUGGUUUUACCGCUUCCCUGCAGGAUCGUUUCCUGAUAAUGGCAGCAGAAAUGGACCAGUCUUCUGGAGCAGGUGUUCCAGAACUGGCUCAGUUUUGGAAAGAAGUUCCUAGAAACAAAGUGAUGGAACAUAGGUUAAGAUGUCAUGUUGUAGAAAGUAGCAAACCUUCUACUCUGUCAUUAAAAGAGAAUUCAUUUAAUAUGCCAACAAAAACCAAUGAAGAUUUACAUUUACAGCUAACUCAAUUAUUACAAGUUAAUAAAAAACUUCAAGAGCAGAUUGAUUACUGUGUCUGGUUCCAACAGCUAAUAGUUGUAUUAGCAUUGGUCUUAGUUGUUAUUGCUGCCUUUUGCUUCUACUUGUUGUACACUCAAAGAUGCUAAAAAGCAAUGCUUUGUACUACACAUGCUGCCUGUUCUAAUCAAAAGAAAGAAUCCAAUGCUGCUCCACUAAAACCCAGAAACUACCAAAACUGAGAGAGGUCAGUGCUCCAUUGAGACUGAAAAAUACAACUUUGAGUCAUACUACUACUACUGAUAAAAGAAGAAAUGAAAGACCAACAAGAGCUCAGAAAUUUACUGAGACUGUCUUGACACAGAAAGAAGAGUAUAUUAGAAGAACUAGAAGCUAUGUUCACUGGACAAGUUACUGAAAAUUACAAAACAGAAAAUAUGACAAUGUAACAGUAUAACUUAAAACUGCGUAGAAUAUAUUAUUUUUCCCUUUUUGUUGAAAGUACUUUAAAUGUCACCUUUUUUUGGUUCAUUCAUGAUCAUGUAAGCAAGAUGUAUUAAAGUGCAAACAGACUGCUUAACUUUAUUUAAAAAUAACCUUUUUUACAGAAUUAAUAGUUGCGAAGUGUAGGUUAGAUUUUUUUUUCUUACGUUGUAUAUGUGUAUGAAAAUAGAGGGACAUGAACAUGCAGUACACAGUAAUUAGAUGGUCAUGCAUAUUGAAAUUCAGGAAUAGCAUCCUUAUCAUGGGUAUUUUUUGUGAAUGUAAAUUGUUGUAUAAAUAUGUCAUGCCAAACAGUAUACACAGCUCAUCGAUUUGUAGCCAUAUUGCCAUGAAAAAUAAUAAUUCCAAAGACAUUUGAUUAAAAUACUUUUGAGACAUUGUCAUAAUUAAUUAUAAAUAUUUUGUUCUGUUACAUUUUCUCUCUUCAGUGUUUACUAAUUGUGUUGUUGUGGAAGGAACUUUUUAUUCAAACACCAAAGCAACUUGCUGUUAAAUAUAUCUGGAUAGUCAACUGCAUGAUUCAUAAAAAAAGCUAAAAAUAACCAAUGUAAGAAACAUUUGAGAAAUGCACAGUUUACUUCAAUCAUGCAUGAAUAUUUGGAAGAGAUAAGCCAAAUCAGGAUAAGAUUGGGCAUAUUAAAUAGAAUAUGAAAAAUACAGUAUCUGCUGCUACUUUAAAAGCAUUUUAGGAAUGGUAUUGAAAAUGAAUGAGCAUUUAUUGUAGCAGAAAUUCUUUAUACUCAUUUCUGCAUAUUAAAUUGUCUAAAGCUGAAUAGGAGGUAUAGUAUCUUUCAUACCUUUUAAUCCUUUUUUUUAACUAACCAUUUAUAAUAAUUGCUUGAAAUUUAAAACUGAAAUUCGUUUAUAAUUUUCACCACAAAUUGGCUAGGUCUGGAUAAGUCUAUUAAUUAAAGCUGGGCUGAUGGCUUUAAUUUUUUUUGUAUAAAUUAGAAAAGAUCAUUGCAGAGUUCAUGUAUAUUUACAGCAUUCUGUCCCCCCCCCCAAAAAACAAAUAUAUGGGGGGAAAAACAGGACAAAGUUUGAGUGUCUCUUGUCAGGGUCUUUUGAAUGAUUAUAAAUGUGGCAUAGUUGACAAAGUAAAAGAAAAUUGUUUAAAAAAUUCUGAUCGAUAAUUUAUUCUACAAAAUUGUAGGUAGUAUACUAAUAGACUAAUUCUGGUAAAGCAGAAUAUCAAUCCAAUAAAAUAACAGAAAAUGUACUAUAUAAAUGGAAAGCUUCUGCAGAAGUAUUUUUGUACUUGGUGAGCAAUCCUGUAUUAACUCAUAUUUCAAUGUUAUUCUGUAACAAUGUUUUCUUAAUUUUCCUUGUUUGGGGUUCUGUUGAGCUUGCUUUCUUCUGUUCUUUUAUUUUCCAUAAUAUUUAAUACAUUCAAAAAUGGUUACCAGUGGCCCAUAUUGUUCAAAUUAUUUUCCUAUACUUAAGAUUCAAAUGUUGAAGAUGAAAUAAGACAUUUAAUGGAACAUCCUCUGGAAAAAUGAUCAUGUUCUGAUAAUAUACAGUAAUUUGUAAAUUAAAGACAAGAUUUACUAACUCUGAUUACAAAAUGUUAAUCACUAAUUUUGAUUGGAUAUAAUAGCACUUUAUUGUAAAAUUACAAAAAAUAUAUUCUUAGUAUCUUUGCCAAUUUAAAUAUUCUAAUGUCUUGGUGCUUUUCUAUAUUUUCAGUACUUUUAAUACUAUGUUCGUAUUUACUUUAUAUGACUGAUCAGAUGAACAUGUUUUCUAUUUUAAUAUGUUUUAGAGAAAUAAAUGCACUUGUGAAAUAGGAAAAAA